GGCGGGUCAGGUGCACUUGGCUACCCAUCCCCCUGUCAUAUCUCUUUGCGCUUCAUAUCUAUUACAGAACAAUUGACAAAUAUCAAUCGAUAUGUCUUCCAACCUCAAAGGCCAGAACGCUGUCAUCACUGGUGGUGGUAAGAAUCUCGGUGCUCUCAUUGCCCAGACCCUCGCUUCCCAGGGCGUCAAUGUUGUCAUCCACUACAACUCUCCCGGCUCCAAGAAGGAGGCCGAUGCGACCCUCGAGAAGCUCAAGAAGACUGGCGUCAAGGCUGCUGCUCUUCAGGGCGACUUGACCACCGAAGCCGCCGUGGCAAAGUUCUUCAAAGACGCCGCCUCUGCCCUCGGCGUCUCCAAGUUCAACAUUGCCAUCAACACCAUCGGCAAAGUCCUCAAAAAGCCUCUCCUCGAGACCAGCGAGGAAGAGUUUGACUCUAUGUUCCUCGUCAACUCCAAGAGCGCCUUCUUCUUCCUCAAGCAUGCCGGCAAGAAUGUGGAAGAUGGCGGUACUAUUCUUGGUGUUGUGACGAGCUUGUUGGGCGCGUUUGCGCCUGGUUACUCUACUUAUCAGGGGAGCAAGGCGGCAUUGGAGUGGUUUACCAAGAGUGCUUCCAAGGAGUUGCAGUCCCGAGGCAUUCGAGUCAACGCCGUCGCUCCCGGUCCCAUGGACACCCCCUUCUUCUACCCCGAGGAAGAGGACGCCGCCGUCGAGUUCCACAAGUCCCAGGCUCUUAACGGCCGCUUGACCAAAAUUGAGGAUAUCGCGCCUCUUGUCGACUUUUUGGUCAAGGACAAGUGGAUCACUGGGCAGAUCAUCUUCUCCAACGGUGGAUACACUACCCGUUGAUCGUCUCGGCUCGGCACAAGACCUGGACAAGAGCCUUGUACUUCUGCGUUGGAAGAUGUGAUAUGUAAAGUAGCUUUGAAGUGAAAUUGGAGAGAAAGUCGAUCGAUAUGUAACCUGUGUACUG